AGUUAUUUUAAUACUAAACGUCAUUUACUAUUGCUACUAUUAGUUUUCGUGAGGCUUAACUUUCGAACAGAAAAUGGGUGUAUUCCCUGGGUUUGGUAGCUGGAUCAAUCAGAACAGUCAACAGCCUCUUAAAGCAGAGGCCAAGAGAUCUGAAAAUGUGGACUCAGAGGAAGACGAUUUUAAAUAUCCUGAUAAGAUCUAUUUUGAUCUAAAUGACGAGCAGAAGCAACUAGAUCUUUGGCAUGAAGCAGAGAAGAAGCAUCCAUGGCAUAAUGCAUCUCCUAAGAUCAAGGUGACACAUGAAAAUGGUUUUUACCAUAUGAACAUAGAAAUGACCGUAGGGCUGCAUCCAGAAUUGCUCUACGGCUAUUUGAUUGAUCCAGGAAGUGGUACAUUUCACGAUUUGCGCAAACGGCGCCAACUUAUGAUCCAUAACCCUGAUCGAUAA